CAGAAUCUAGUUUGUGCAUAAUCAAAUGUCAUUUUUAUUGGGUGACUUUUUGCCUGAUGUAGAAACACAGGAGAAGACUAGAGGUGAAUAUCCAGAUAAUAGAUCUGCAGCAGAUUAUAAAGAGGAAAAGUCUUAUAAUGAAAGAUACCUAGGAAUGGAACCUAGUAGCACAUCAUUUGAUGCUUCGAAUGCUUCGUGGUAUCAAUUAGCAAUACCAUCCAAUAAUAAUAAAGAUGGAGGAGAUGAUUUAAAUUCAAUUCUGUAUAAUGAUGAUGGGAUAUUGGGUGGUUUAUUUUCUACAAGACGUCCCAAAGAUGCUAUGGCAGGUUUUAGUAGCGGCAUGAAAACAGUUGGUAAAGGUGUAGCAGCAGGUGUUGCAUCACUUGUAGCAGCACCUGUUGUUGGUGCAGCUAGGGAAGGUGUUCCCGGAUUCUUUAAAGGUAUAGGAGCAGGAUUACUUGCUGCUGUAGCUUUGCCAGUAACAGCAGUGGGUGUUGCAGGGUACCAGGUGGCUAGAGGAGUAGCCAAUACUCCAGAAGCAAUAACAGAAAGUAAUAAGGGCAGGAAAUGGGAUAAGAAAAAUCGCUGUUGGAUUGAGUAUUACUACUCUUUAGAUGAUGAAAUUAAUCAAGUUUUAGAGGCUGAAAGCACCUCUAAUGACAAACCUAGUGAAAAUAAUACAUCGAGUCCUAUUCCUAUGUCUCAAAGCUUUGUGGGAGACUCUAAAUGUGAUUCUACAACUUUUCCCUCAUCCUCUUCUGCAUAUGUGAAGGUUGUAGAUACGACAUAUUAUGAUUUGUUAGGAGUUUCUCCUUCAGCAAGUGCAGAUGAAAUAAGGCGUCAAUAUUAUAGGAAAGCUAAACAAUAUCAUCCAGACAAAAAUCCAGAUGACAAUGAAGCUAAAGAGAAAUUUCAAAAGCUGGGAGAGGCUUAUCAAAUAUUAGCUGAUCCAGAAAGACGAAAUAGAUAUAAUGAACAUGGUUUGGGAGCUACUCAAGAUAUGCCUGUAAUUGACUCAAGUUUGAUUUUCACACUAUUAUUUGGUUCUGACAGUUUAGAAACUUAUGUCGGAAAACUUAAGAUGGUCUCUUUAGUUGAAAUAGCAACCGGAGGACCAUCUAAUAACUCUAGUAUUGUUGAGGAAAUAUUGGAGACUCAACAACAUAAAAGAGUCAUUUAUCUAGCAAUUAAGAUGCGAGAGAAGAUCUCCGAAGUUAUAAACGAAUUUGAUCCUGAAAAUUCCACUGCAAAAAGUAAUUCUGAAGUUCUGGAAAAGUGGCGUGAAACGGUUAAGGAUGAAGCUAUGAAACUAUGUAGCAACUCAUUCUGUGAUGCAAUGGUGGAAGCUAUUGGAUGGAGUUAUGAAAAUUAUGGCUCUCAAUUUCUUGGGAAGAUUGACACAUUUUUAGGAAUAGCAGGGCGCUAUGCUAAAUUCCAAGCUAAAACAAGAGGUGUAGCUUCAGCUUGGAAAAUGGCAUCUACAGCUAUUAGGACAGCUAUGGCAGCCCAAAAUUUACAAACUGCUAUGCAAAGAGAAGAAGAACAACGACAAAAUGCAAAGGACAAUGAAGAUACUAAGCAAAAUAUUGAUGCAUCUACUAAAACUCAACUCCAAUUUGAAGAAACAUUGCCACUUAUUUUAGAGACAAUGCUGCAGAUUACACUCAUGGAUAUUGAAGAUACUAUCAGAACUAUAUCAAAGAAACUUGUGAAGGAUAUGGGAGUAGAUAUUAAUGUUAGGAAACAAAGAGCGAUGGCUUUGGUUGAGCUUGGAUCUAUAUUUCAGAAUGUCGCAAAUACAGCAAACCUAGGAAGAGAAGACGAGAAACCUGAUGUUAGACGAAAAGUUGAAGAAGCUUUUAUUAAGGCAGCUCAACAAAGAGAAGGAUAGGAGAUUGGAACAUACUUGUAAUAUAAGGUCAAAUAUUAGUUGAAAUAUAUCUUACGACUAACAAUUCAAUCUCUAUGUUCUACUUGAAACUGUCAAUAAUUUAUCUAAAGCAUUGGCAAUGUCAGAGAUAAUCUGAACUCUAAAUUAUAAAUACAGAAAGUUUAAAAUAAAAUCUUAAUUUCAGUAAUUACAAUUUUGCGGUUAAAUUCAAAAAUUUAUUAGCUGUAGUAUCUAAUUACUUACCUUUCUAC